GCGGUGGCCGCGGCCGGGGAGGCCGAGCUGAACUGGUCUCGCCUCAGCGUGGCCCCCGAGACGCUGGAGUCGGAGCUGGAGGCGCGGAAGGAGGAGCGGCGGGGCGCGCGGGAGGCGGUGCUGCGGUUGCUGCUGCCUCACAACCAUCUGGUGUCGCUGCCGCGGGCGCUGGGCAGCGGCUUCCCGCACCUCCAGCUGCUGGACGUGAGCGGUAACGCGUUGACCGCGCUCGGGCCGGAGCUGUUGGCGCUGAGCGGCUUGCGCACGCUGCUGGCCAAAAACAACCGGCUCGGCGGUCCCGGCGCGCUCCCCAAGGGCCUGGCCCAGUCGCCGCUCUGCCGCAGCCUCCAGGUGCUCAACCUCAGCGGCAACUGCUUCCAGGAAGUGCCCCCCUCGCUGCUGGAGCUGCGCGCGCUGCAGACCCUCAGCCUGGGCGGCAACCAGCUACAGAGCAUCCCGGCCGAGAUCGAGAACUUGCGGAGUUUAGAAUGUCUGUAUCUCGGAGGAAACUUUAUCAAAGAAAUCCCACCAGAAUUAGCAAAUCUGCCUUCUCUGAAUUACUUGGUGUUAUGUGACAACAAAAUUCAAAGUGUGCCUCCUCAGCUUUCACAGUUGCAUUCACUUCGUUCCCUCAGUCUUCACAAUAACUUGCUGACAUACUUGCCUCGAGAGAUCCUCAACCUUAUUCAUUUGGAAGAGUUGAGCUUACGAGGAAAUCCAUUGGUUGUUCGUUUUGUUAGAGAUUUAACCUAUCAUCCUCCAACUCUCCUGGAAUUAGCUGCGCGGACCAUUAAGAUCCGAAAUAUUUCCUACACUCCCUAUGAUCUUCCUGGGAAUCUUCUUAGAUACUUGAGUUUAGCCAGCAAUUGCCCAAACCCAAAGUGUGGAGGAGUCUACUUUGACUGCUGUGUCAGACAAAUUAAAUUUGUGGACUUCUGUGGAAAGUAUCGCCUCCCACUGAUGCACUACCUGUGUUCACCAGAAUGUUCUUCUCCUUGCAGUUCUGCCUCUCACAGCUCCACAUCCCAGAGCGAAUCUGACUCAGAAGACGAAGCUAGUGUUGCCGCACGCAGAAUGCAGAAAGUUCUACUUGGUUGAACAAGAGUUCGGGGUGGUGUGAAAUACUGAAAAACUGAGCAAAGGUGGUUAGAGAGAAAGUAGAGCUUUACGUUCACUAGAAGGCUUAUCUUCGUCUUAAUUGUCCACGAAAGAGUCAGGAAUGAUGUAAAAGAUUUUUGUGUUUCAUCUACCCGUUCAGUAGGAAUGAGUCCAAUUCCAUGUUUGGAUUCUUUGAAUAUAAUUUACUCUGAAUGGCAGUAAUUUGGCUGAUUGUUUGCAAUUUUCACUCAAAUUUGGCAUGAAUCACACACCAGAAUGGUAUAUUCUGAAGAGCAGUGCUAUAAUAAGCCAUGAAUAGUGUAACUUGUGGCAGUUGAGAUGAAGAAAACGAGAAAUUAUCAAAGCCAUAAUUAUUACCAGACUUGUCCUUGGGUUUAGGUUGAACACUGUGCUACACACAGGAUUAGCCCUCCCAUCUUAUAUUGCUCAUAUGUCUAGAUUAUAGAGCUAUUUGAUAAGUUCAGAGAUGGUUACAUAGGACCUAAGCCUUUCUAACCAACUAACUGGUAAAGUAAGGGAUAUAACUUUUAAGUGGAAUAUUAAAACUUUUCUGUUCUGA